GUGUUCUUUCUCGUCGCAUCCGUUCAUAGUGAAAUCUAAGCAAACAUUAUCGAUUGAAACGAUGAUGAGGAUGAAAAUGAAGAUGUUUUCUCUUCCCCGAAGAAGGGUAUUUUGUAUUUCAAGAGUUAGAUUCGCUUCUCUGAUGAUCGAUGAUUCUCAAAGUCUGCAAACCCACAAACUCGAUGUAGACAUUACCCACCAAGUUUCAACCUUUCUCAAUAACAACCAAUGGAAGAUUCUCCUUGAAACAUCGGAUCUACAUAAUAAGCUAAACCCAGAUGUAGUUCAAUCUGUUCUUCGUCACAGCAGCAAUUCAAUCAAACCCUCAAUUCUUCUCGAAUUCUUCAAUUGGUCUUGCCAUCGUCAAACGGGUAUCCCUCAAAACUUGAAUUCCUUCUCCCUUCUCGCCAUUCUACUUUCUAGGUCUAGACUAUUCGUUCAAGCUAGAAACAUUUUUGAACGAAUGUUAGAACCUCGAUUCCCUGUUUCAUCUGUUCUUGAUUCCUUCUUCACUUGUUCUAAAGACCUAAAUUGUUCCAUCUCUGAUUCAGAUGUUUUUGACAUAUUGAUUGAUACUUUUAGGAAUAAGAACAUGAUAUCUGAAGCUGCUUCUGCCUUUUUAAGUGCUAAGAACAAUGAAAUCUUCCUUCCUAGUUUAUUGUGUUGUAAUUCUCUGUUGAAUGCUUUAUUACAACGUAGUUCAAUGGAUCUCUUUUGGAGAGUAUACGAUGGUAUGAUUCAAUCCAAGUUUAAACCUGAUUUGUAUACUUACAAUGCUUUAAUCAAAGCUCAUUUUAAAACUGGAAAUCCCAAAGAGAGUAAAAGGAUUCUUCUUGAGAUGGAAUCAAAUGGUUGUACUCCGAAUUUGAUCACCUAUAAUGUUGUCAUUAGUGGGUUAAGCAGAUGUGGGCUUUUCGACGAAUCGUUAGAGAUGAAGAAUCUGAUGAACGAUAAAGGAUUAACUCCCGAUGAAUAUACCUAUUCAAGCCUCAUUGAUGGUCUUUGCAGGCAGAGGAGAUCGAAAGAAGCGAAAUCGAUGCUUGUUGAAAUGUAUAACAUUGGAUUGCAUCCCAAUGUUUUCACUUACACAGCUUUGAUCGACGGUCUUAUGAAGCAACAUGAUUGGGAAGAGGCUAUGAUAUUAAAAAAGGAAAUGAUUGAUCGAGGAAUCAGGUUAAACAAUGUUACUUAUCGUGUUAUGGUUACAGGUCUCUCGAAGAUUGGUCAAGUAGAGGUGGCUGAAGAUCUAUUAAAGGAGAUGAUUACAGUAGAAGGUAUAAAACCGGAUGUUUCUUGCUAUAAUUCGAUUAUAAGCAGCCUUUGUAAAGCGAGAAAGAUGGAGGAGGCUAGAGCUUAUAUUGCGAAAAUGGAGGAAUUACGAAUAAAACCAAACGAAUACAGUUAUUUUCCUCUCGUUUCUGGAUAUACUGCAGCCGGGGAGAUGGUUCUAGCUGGUCAGUGCUUUAAAGAGAUGAUUGAUCGUCGGAUUCAACCCGAUAGCUUUAUUUAUUGGUCUCUCAUUAAUGGGAACUGCAAAACCGGGAAUUUAGUCGAAGCCAUCUCGGUGUUUGAUCGCGCAGUUGAUCAAAACGUGCCUCUCGAUGUUCAAACCUACACUGUUCUAAUCCAUGGCCUAUCAAAAACCGGAGAUAUGGAUAAGGCAAUGUUUGUUUUCACUAAACUCUGUGAAAAAGGUUUAAUUCCAGAUGUUUUCACUUAUAGCUCUCUAAUCAACGGAUUCUGCAAGAAAGAUGAAAUCAUCCAGGCGUUUGAGCUUUACGACGAGAUGCGUGGGAAAGGUAUCAAACCGAAUAUCGUCAUUCACAAUGCGUUGAUUGAUGGACUUUGUAAAUCGGGUAAAAUCGAUCGGGCCCGGGAAAUUUUCGAUGCAAACAGUUUGGAUAGUAAUUGCGUUACUUACGCUAUCAUGAUAGAUGGUUACUGCAAAUCGGGAAACCUCGAGGAGGCGUUUAAGUUAUACGACAGUAUGCAGGUGAUCGGAAUUCAACCCGAUCAUUUUGUUUAUAAUAUUCUUAUCGACGCUUCCUUCAAGGAAGGAAACGUGGAGAAAGCGUUAACUUUGUUCGACGAAAUGGACCGAAAGAAUUUCGCGUCAACAGUUAGUUACAACAUUUUGAUCGACGGGUUCUGCAAAUUAGGGGAUUUGUCUAAAGCCGAAGAAUUGUUGAGAAAAAUGGUUGAUAGAAAGAUUGAGCCCAAUAAUGUAACUUACACUAUACUAAUCAAUCAUCUUUCGAAGGAAAAGAUGAUGUCAGCCGCUGAAGAUCUUGUCGCGGAGAUGAUGAAACGUAAUCUCUCGCCAACUGUAGUCACUUAUACGUCUCUUUUACGCGGUUUUCAUAUAACUAAGAGCAGACCGAAGAUGUUUAUGCUUUUCAACGAGAUGUUGGCGAAAGGUAUUCAACCUGAUGCAAUUAUUUACUCGUUGAUGAUUGAUCCCGACAACAAUGAAGAAGGCUGUGUUAGUCUCGAGAGUGCUUUAAAGUUUUGCGACGAAUUAUCGUCUAUGAAUCACGAGAAUGCGUAUAAAGCGUUUGAUUCUUGGUGCAGACGAAGGGAGUUGACGGAUGUAAGAGUUUUAGUUGAUGAAAUGAUGAAUUGUGGAUAUAAACCGAGUUUUUCUACAUGUAAAGCUCUUUUGAAUGGUAUGAAUGAUUCGGGUAGGAAGGAUGAAGCGGUUAUAGUACUGGAUUGCAUGGUUAAGUUGAGAUGGAUCGACGAUUGCAUGGAAAAUGCGUGACAGAAUGAUACAACAACAGAAGGGAAGACAUUUUUUUAAUGUUGUUUAACUUAUGUAGACUAGUCUAGUAUUUUUGUUUUAGCAUAUGUUAAACUGAAACUCAGAUUUUCAAGGAAUCAAAUGAAUUUAAGGCGAC